AUGAUUGAAGCAUCAUGUAUUGAGAUACCGCGGAUCGAAAUUCUGCCUAUGAAGCAAAGGUCACAGAUUCAGAAUCUGGAAGAAGAUUGGACGGGUACCAGUAGUACGAUUAUGAGGAGGAAAUUGCAAAAUCGGUUGAAUCAAAGGGCUUCUCGACAACGUAGAAAAGCCGACUCGAAAAAAUUCAAAGCAAUAACGAAAGUCGUAGAAUCACAAGGUCCCGUAAUCCUUGAUCCUACUACACCCCCUGCAAAAGAAUGUAUGUGUAUCAAUCACAUAGACGUCAAACGUAUUGUCGCUUCCAGAUCAUUCAAUUCCUAUAUCACCGAUACUUCUAUCUCAGCAGACUCCUACUUACUCACUCUUCUUCAUUUCAAUAUCAUCCGUGCUUUAUCUAUUAAUGUGGAAAUCCUCAAACUACCUAUUGAUCGUAUGGAUGAUGAUAUUCUUUCUCCAUUCAACACAUCAUCAUCGACACAGUAUCCGCAGGGUAUACCAGAUUUAUCAAAUCUUCCACUGGCGCUAAAACCUACAAACCUACAAAUCGAAAUAGAACAUCAUCCUGAGAUUGAUGUUUUCCCAUUUCCAAGAUGUAGAGAUCUCAUUCUUUCGGCGCUCUCAAGAGGUGAUGAAUGGGAUGAUAUAGAGUUUUGUAGGGAUAUUAUGUAUGGGUUAGAGGGUGGAGGAGGAAGAACGGGAUUCAUUGUUUGGGGUGAUCCGUGGAUACCAGGAAGCUGGGAGGUAGAAGAAACCUUUGCGAGGAAGUGGAAGUGGUUGUUAGAGGGGUGUGAGGAGUUGUUAAUGAGCACUAAUAAAUGGAGGAGUGGAAGAGGUGAGAAGAGACUAGUUUUUGAGGAACUGAUUUGAUGGUUUUGUUGAUUGGAGGGUUGGGAAUAUCGCAUAAAGCACGGACUUAUGGAGAUGGAGAAGAUGAUGAAGGGAGAAAGAAGUGAACUUGAACAGAUAUCCAAUAUCUCAAGCUCAGAUUAAAUUUCGAAAGCGAUACAUCGAUCUAAAAAAAAAUUAAAAAAUUCUAGCUACACGAAGUUGUAGCUCUGAUGGUGGGCGAAACGACAGAACAUAGACAGAUGAGGAAACCUCAAAAUGGCUGCGUUCUAUGGACUUUCAAAGUACGAGUGCACUUCUUGAACUCUUCCCAUAGUACUUUGAGAUCACAAUUGUCAGGCAAAAGGGCAAUACCGAUCCCAUAUUCUUCAAAGCAACAUGGCCAACUCUCACAAGGCAAGAAGUCAUAAACUUGGAGAAUGCAUAAUACCAUACGCUCUUGUUCACGGGAUUUUGCCGGAUCUCAAGCCUGUAGCCGGUCGAUAAGAAUCGACCGAGUAGGUGGAUAAGAAAUCCGACAAUUAAAAUAGACUAUCGGUAAAGAGCUAGCGGCGUAUUGUUGAAUUCAGAUGAAAAUCUUGAUAUUUCAGUUCCCACGAGCGUUCAUUACCUGUCGCUAUAAUCAUUCCGCUUAGCUAUCAACAUAACACAAGGUACCGUAGUCAUGAACUCAACCCAGGUUCCAGAACGACUCCACGUCUUGCUGUUGAAUGUGCUGUAAUCAUGCCAUACAGAGGACUGCAGUAAGAAGGUAGAUCAGGCCGUCAAUUAAGAUGGAAACUUGAAGGAAUAUUUUUGCGGAAUAAAAAGUGUAUGAUGGAGCAGUGAGUUUAACAUUUUUUGGUUGUUGGCUUUCUUUACCGAAUAUCUGAAUCGGGCCUGGAUGAGUUAUCGUGGGGGGAAUGAAGUAAAAGGCAAAUCAGAGUCAUCAGGGUGAUUAAUACUUUUCUCUACCGUAAAGGGACGAUUAUCGCAAUGAUAAUCUAUUGAAUUGUUUCGACUAGGCCUGCAAUUCCUUCCAUGGACCUGUUGUUCAUAAGUCAUCAGCCAUAAAAAGGGUCUUCAAUAUAGAGAUAUAAUUGUAUACAUACAUGCAGGCGCCCCUGAACUGUGGUAUAAGGUCGCUCUACUUUCUAGAUAACGUUGGAAAAGCAAUUACGCUUUCCAGUGAUCACUACUGGGCGUUUUCAAAAGCAGGUCUAAAUAUGAGCUCUACCUUGAGCAAAUCAUCCCUUUGCUUCAAGAUUUCAUGUGGAGGAUCUGGAGACAGGUGAUAUACCGGAUAAGAAGGGAUUUCAAGCACGAAAAUAUCUAUUCUAGUGACCCAAAUCACAAUUUCCAAAUCCGAAUCUGAUACGUCUAUGUAAUUGCCAAACAUAGAUUCUUUGAUUAUAUUAGCUAUUCAUCUUGACAGCCGAGAAGAUAUUUAUCAAUGUUCAAAUGC